CCUAUGGCCGUCCCGUUCCGUCCCACCACUCCCAUAUAGAGACCAUCCCACACUCUCCCACCCGGGCACCCUGUCUCCCUCCCUUUCCCUCGCAUCUCAUCUUCAUCUCCCUUUCUUGUCCAGAGCUACCCACACCGUCCGCCGCCCCCAUACCGCCUCGUCGAUCCCCGCCUUUCCGUCUUUGCUCCCGGCAAAUCCCACAUGCAGUAGUUGUUGUUCUAGGUGGCGCUGUCGUUUGUUUUUUGCUUUCAUAUUAGGAACAACGACAGAUCCGCGGCUUUCUCGAAACGGGCUAUCUGCUAGCAGCUGCUGGUCCGUCAAAUCCGAAGGCCGGACAUCAAAUCACCCUCAUCACAUCAAAGGGGACCAAAAGGAUAUAUAUCCAUCUCUGCCGCGCGCUAGCUACAUCUUCCCGCUCACCCGCAUAAAAUUUCACUUUGAUUUCUACUCUACACACCGUUGCUUGCUUCUUCCGUUCCUCAGUCCCCAUCCACUCUGGCUAGCUCAAUUUGCUGCAAUCCAGAUCGCCGAGAAGAGGAAGAAAGCUCGAUCAAAACGAGAAGCUAGCUAGCCGCCCAUACCAUACAUACGCCGCUGCCUCGGCGCGUAAUCUGGUGGGAUCUACAGCAUAACAUACAUUCGAUCAUAAUGUCGUCCUCCUCCGCCUCGUCGGCUGUCUUCAACCUGCAGGACCACCUCGCGCCGUCCCCCACCGAGCAGCUCUGCUACGUCCAUUGCAACUGCUGCGACACCAUCCUCGCGGUCGGCGUGCCGUGCAGCAGCCUGUUCAAGACGGUGACGGUGAGGUGCGGCCACUGCGCCAACCUGCUCUCCGUCAACCUCCGCGGCCUCCUGCUCCCACCCGCGACGCCGCCCGCCACCCAGCUCCCCUUCGGCCAUUCCUUGCUGUCCCCUACCUCCCACCAUGGCCUCCUCGACGAGGUGGCGUUCCAGACGCCCAGCCUGCCCAUGGACCAGGGGAGCACCAACCUCAACGCCUUCACGGGCCGCACCAACAGCAGCUGCUCCAGCAACCUGCCGGCGGCCAUGCCCAUGCCUGCCGCCAAGCCUGCGCAGCAGCAGGAGAUCGAACAGUCGGCCAAGAGCGCCCCUUCGGCCAACAGGCCUCCGGAGAAGCGUCAGAGAGUCCCAUCCGCUUACAACCGCUUCAUUAAGGACGAGAUCCAGCGCAUCAAGGCCGGCAACCCGGACAUCACGCACCGGGAGGCCUUCAGCGCGGCCGCGAAGAAUUGGGCCCAUUUCCCGCACAUCCACUUUGGCCUCAUGCCGGAUCAGGGGUUCAAGAGGACCUUCAAAGCUCAGGAUGGCCCUGAAGACAUGCUUCUCAAGGAUGGUCUCUAUGCGGCGGCGGCAGCGGCAGCCGCCAACAUGGGCGUCACUCCAUUCUAGCUACCUAAAUAGCAAGCCUCUCACGUUCUUGCCUAUGUCCCGACCCAACUCACUUUUGCCGCAAUCUAGGGUUUCGUCUUAUAUCUCCUCAAUAUCGUGUGUGUGUUGCCAAUUAGAUCUAGUUCUAGUACUAGUAUUUCUGUCUGAUGGGGCCGAGAAUGGAGAUUGAAGUUGAAUACCUAAGCUUCCCGGCUCUCAUGACUAUCCAUCUAGCUACUUAGGUGUAGUGAGCUGUCUUAUCUGUUUCCAUGUCUUCUUUUAUGUGUUCAUCAUUUUGUUUUUCUUA